AAACAAAUGAAAGCAAUCGUUAUUGUUGUUCUCCUUGCCCUCACAUAUGCUGCUGAUCCAGAAUAAUGCUUGAAAGAGAGAUGCCCAAAUGAAUACGCCGCCUGUUAAAAGGAAGUAUUCGGAUGUGCUUCUGCAGCGAUGAAAUGCAAAAACCAAUGCGGAGGUGAAGAUGCUGAAUGCAUGUUGAACUGUGCUUUGGCUUCAAAGAACGCCAAAUUGAUUGCAUUGUAAGCUUAUAAUCUAAUUUAAGGGCUGAAUGUGGACAUGAGAAUUGCAAAGAUGUUGCUGUUUCAUUUUGCGAUGUUGAAGGAUGUGUUGCUUCUUUCCAAAGUGAAUGCACCCAAUCUUUGGGAUUGAAAUCCUUCUAAUGUGCUUCAUCAUUCUUCGAGAGACAUCCAGAAUGUUCAUGCGUGACUGAGUUCUGAGGAAAUAGAAAUAUCAAGGAUAUGGGCAUAGACUGUGAUUUUUAUGCAUGUAUCUAUUAAUUUGUAAUAACAUCAUAUAA